AUGUCACUGGCUCGUGCUUAUCUCGGAAUGCAAUGCUUCUGGGGAGAGUCUGCAUUUGCCAAGCUAAAAGGUGUGAAAAAGACGCGGGUAGGCUAUGCUGGAGGUACGACCGCCAAUCCAUCUUACUGGAACAUCGGAGACCAUACAGAGGUGAUAGAAGUAACAUUUGACCCGUCCUUGAUCUCCUACCGACAGUUGCUUGACUUUUUCUGGGCUCAUCAUAAUCCAGCUAAAAGACGGAAGAAGCAAUAUCGGUCAGCUAUUCUUUACGAGACUGAGGAAGAGAAGAUGGUCGCCGAGUUGACAUAUGCUCAGGCUAAGGAAAAGCACGGGGACAUAGAGACGUAUGUGGCCAAGUUGGAAAAGUUCCACCAAGCUGAGGACUAUCACCAGAAAUUCUGGCUCCGAAAUAAUCGUGAUAUAUUCGACGAACUUAGAAUGAAUGAUGCCCAGGUUGCGAACUCUGAACUGGCAACCAAGUUGGUUUUUCAGUUGAACGCCUAUUGCGCUGGAUAUACAGAAUUUUCCGAGUUGGAAGAAUUGAGGAAACAAAAUGGGCUCAGUGACGCUUUAGUAGAACGAGUGAAGCAGUACGCCUUAUCUGGCGGUGAUCCGAGUGCUUGUCACUGA